AUGAAUAUAAUUGGUGCGAAAAAAAGACAGGCAUUUCAUACGCAGUUGAAACUAUUACUUAUAGACGAUCCGAUUACUGUCGCAUCAAUUGAGUUUUAUGCUCGAAAUGGUGCAUCAAUGUAUCCAAUUGAUUUAACAAAUUUAGCAGUAAUCAAAUUGGAAUCGUACAAUAAUGGAGAUUUGGUAGAAAAAGAUAACGUUGACGUUGAUAUAUAUACUUACGUAAAAUAUGGUAAUCAAUGGACGUGGAAGAAUGUUAUUCCCGAAGGAUUCAGAUUCUUGCUAAGGAAUUUAAAUGGUUGUGCUAUAGCUCAUAACUGCCCCCUCACUAAAGGCGAACUUCAAUUAGCACUUGCUCUAGAUUUGAGUAAAUAUUCAUUCCUUUUCAGAUUCAUUGACAAAAAUGCUGCACAUCAAUUUGUAAUCAAAAUGCAUGAUGCCAAAAAUGAUGAACAAAUUUGCUGCCAAACAGUUCAACUUAGAAUCGUUUGA